GCUUUGCUCCUUCCAAAAUACAUAGGAAAGAACAGCAUUUCCCGGAAGAUUAAGCGUCUUUUACUGUAUUUUGGCCCGCCCUGUAUAAUGGAAGUAUGUGAGCGGCGAAAGGGAAUAGCUGAAAAAACUAGAUUUUUGAAAAUGACUUAGUAAUUGAUGCACGGGAAAUUGACAUUUCCAUACGUUGUUUGUCUACGGUCGCACGUAUUGUUUAGUUUUGCAUUGCGUAUUUCAUGCUUUGUUUUUGUGAUUUUUGGGGUUAAACCAGGCACCACCCCGUUUCAGGCAACAGAGUGAUAUCGGGUAGGCUUCGGAUGAUCACCGUCCUGCAGUAUGUUGUACUGACCGAGAAGGGGGGCUAAGGCACGGUUGUAGUGAAUGGGCUUCAUCGGUGGACAAAACCAGAACGAAAAAAUAUCGAAAUAUGCAUGUAUUAGCUAUGUAUAAAUAAGCCAACAGUCAUGAGCUAACUCGCUAGCUAACAACGUUAGCUGAUGUGUUAUUAGUAAAACUGAUUUUCUUCUAAAAUAAAGCGAGCUAGCAUUGCAUUCCACCUCAGUUCGACUGCAUUCCACCCACUUAGAAAGGUUGAGUACAGCAAGCAAGAUGGAGAGAGCAGGCAGCAUACAGCUGGACAUCCCUGAUUUCAGCAACUCUGUGUUAUCCCACCUCAACCAACUGCGCAUGCAGGGACGUCUGUGUGACAUCGUGGUCAACGUGCAGGGUCAGAGUUUCCGUGCCCACAAGGUGGUCUUGGCUGCCAGCUCGCCAUACUUCCGAGACCACAUGUCACUGAGCGAGAUGAACACCGUAUCUAUUUCAGUGAUCCGCAACCCCACAGUGUUCGAGCAGCUCCUGUCCUUCUGCUAUACAGGGCGCCUCUGCCUGCAGCUCGCUGACAUAAUCAGCUACCUGACAGCGGCUAGUUUCCUGCAAAUGCAACACAUCAUCGACCGCUGCACUCAGAUCUUGGAGGGCAUCCACUUCAAGAUCAGCGUGGCUGACGUGGCUGAAGACCUGGGGGGCAGUGGACAGACUCAUAGGGGUGGGGGGCGGACCUUGGAGUCGGGAAGAGGGGGCGGGGGCUCGCGCUCUCUCAGCCCUCGGCACAGUAGCCCCAGGGUCGUAGGCGUGCGGGGAAACGGAGAGGGCGUGCUCGAUAUUCGGGACGUUAGAGAGGUGCGAGAGGUUACUCCCCCGGACGAGUCCAUGAGCCCCCAGAUUGUGGAGCACAGCGGAUUGGGCUCGGAGGGUCUGAGCCGAGUCAGCAGCGUAGGGGGCAAGGAGCCCAUCCUGCGGAUAAACCGGGCGGGGCAGUGGUACGUGGAGACGGGGCUGGAGGCGGGGCGCGGGGGCGAGGAGGACGUGCGGGUGGUGGACGGGCUGCGGAUCAAGACGGAGCGGCUGGAGGAGUGGAUGGGCGCGGAGACCCAGGCGUCCGGAGAGGAGGGGAGCAGUGCGGAGGAGGUGGCCGCCAUGGUGAUCGACACUACGGGGCGCGGGGCGAUGCCGCAGGAAAGCUACAUCGCGGAGGCCUCUGGGGCCAAGAGCUCACACCCCUCCAGCAGCUUCAGCGAGACAGAAAGGUUCAGUCCAGCAGACAGUGUAGUGGUAAUGGCUGAGCGGCAGAGAGCCAAGAGCGAGUCUCCUGGCAGAGUGGAUGAUCAGAGGCAUCCCACAUCGCAGAGGGAAGAGCAGGCCAUUUUUGACAUGGGAGGAUAUGAGGACUACUUGCGCGAACAAGUAGGCGACCGCUGGUUCCGCUACAACCCCCGCCUCACCUGCAUCUACUGCUGCAAGUCCUUCAACCAGAAGGGCAGCCUGGACCGGCACAUGCGGCUGCACAUGGGCAUCACGCCGUUCGUCUGCCGCAUCUGCGGGAAGAAGUACACGCGCAAGGACCAGCUGGAGUACCACAUCCGCAAGCACACGGGGAACAAGCCCUUCCACUGCCACGUCUGCGGCAAGAGCUUCCCCUUCCAGGCCAUCCUCAACCAGCACUUCCGCAAGAACCACCCGGGCUGCUCCUCCCGGGAGGUGUCCCACAGCGCCUCCCCCGAGACCACCACCGUCACGUCCCGCGGCGGCAACAACGGCGACGGGUCGCCCGGUCAGGAGGAGGCCGAGGGCGGCGGCGGGGGACUCGGGCCGCCAUUCGGGGAGCCCGUCCAGCCAUCCGUCUCCACCACAGGCCCCGAUUGAUGGGGGAGCUUUGGGACGGGGUGUCCAGGUUGGAGAGCCCAAUAAUUAACACGCAGGCGGCUAGCUCUUCACGUUCUGCUCUCCUGCAGAGAGGGUUCGGAGGCUCACGGACAGAAGAUGGAGGGUGAAAGUGAGGCUGCACCUCACGUGAGAUGUCUCUUCAAAAGCGGGGUGGCUUGUUGAGCUGAAGACAGCUAGCCACCCCUUUUUUCUGAAGAGAGAAUGGAAAAGAUGGUGGUCUUCUGAAAUAGGUGGGAUCGUUUUUUUAGUGGAUCUUUUUAUUCAUCCUCUCGGUCAACAGGACUCGGUAAAGUGGUCAUACAUUCAGGAUACAGAGAAAAUAGCAAAACUGAAUACAUUUUUAGUACAGUUACUUAUAUGUCGUCUCUUAUAACACAUCUACCUUCACAGUAAAUCCGUACAGAAUAAGGAUCAAUUCUCCAGCGACCUCAGAGCCCAAAUGGGUGCAGUGCAGUUUGCAUUCGUCCUUUUCCAUUUUAUACUUCUGUUACAGCUUUUUUUUAAACCUGUUUUGUUGCGAUUACUUGCUUACACAGGGGUUUAAAAAUGCAGCGCUUUGAGAUUAUAGUUACUGUUCAUCUAUAGUCACAGUGUAUUUAUAGCUUUGCAAAAAGCUUCAGUAUCGGAUAUAGCUAAGUUGGAAAAGAAAAAUCGUGGAAGAUAAUAUAUUUUAUGUCCUUUAUGGAGGAUUAAACUGGUAAAAGUAAAAAAUAGAGAGAAAUUAUUCAUAGUUAUACUAAAAUAAAUAUGAAAGCCUAAACCUCGGCAUAAAUAAGUGCCAAAAUAAUUGUCAAGGGAAAAAUUAAAAACGUGUUUCUAAUAUUGUAAUCUGUCAGUCAGAAACCACUGACAGUAUCAGACAUGCCAAUGGGUAAUCAAUGCACAGGAACUAUAUUUAAUUAUGCUUGCCUGAAGCCAUGCUAUAUUGCAAUGUCGCUUGAGCCCCAGUGCAGUUUUAGGAAUGGGUGAUGGAAAAUUACAAGGCAACUGCUCUAGAGUCCAGCACUGCUCUAGUGUUGGCUACAGUGUGGAGUGAUUGGUUAUACGGUAUAUAUUUCCAUCACAAUAUGGAGGUAAUGGAACCUACACUGUGUGUAGAGGUUCAGCUAUUACUGUUUGUACAGUAUGUAGAGUUUUUAAUUUUUUUUUUAAAGCAUUCUUAUCCCUCCUUGGCCUAAUGGCACAGUUUGCAAAGGCAUGGCAACAGUGAUAUGUUAUACUUACAGGCUAUUAUGCCAAGUUGUGUGUUUGCUCUCUAUAGACUAAUACUGGUGGGACCCCUUAUCACAAAGCAUUUCUUCUGAAAGGCCCUAGCCAUUUUCUGUCCACUAAAUGUUAUUGUAGUUAGUUGGACAAUAAUAACCAAAUGAUUCCAAGAUAAUUCAAAGGUAAUGACAGAUGAGCACCCUUCCCUUUUCAAAACUGAAUAUCAAACAAAAAUUGCAGAAACCUUUUCAUCAAUCCUCAGAUUUACAGUGACCAUAUUUUGAAAUGCAGCAAAUGGUGUACUAUAAAAAGUUAAUAAACGGUAGGAGGUAAAGGUAGUUAGUAAAAGGUACUAAACCUUGAUUAUAAGAAAUUCUUAUUUCGAGUCUGUUGAUAAUGACAAAAAAAAGCAUAUUUCAAUGAUUUAAAAAAAUAAACAUGAUUAUGACUUGAUUAUGGGAAAUGGUUCACAGUCAUGAAGUAAACUUAAUUAUUAUUUUAUGAAAUCUCUUUUCAAAUGGGUAUGAAAAGAGCUUUCAUACCUGUUGUACUAGCUAUGUCUUUGUCAACAUCCUCACUAUACCAGGGAUGACUAUAAUAUAGGAAUGUGAAAAACAUUCUAAAUGCUACUAGAAGUGAAACUGGGUUCUCCGAGUUCAAGGAAUAUCACCGCUAUCAUAUUAUUUAAAGCAGACUCACUUUGUGAUUCUAAAUUAUUAUAAUCUGGGCAGAAACCAAUCAGUCUCAAAGACAGGGGCCGCUGUAUAAAAUGAGAAAACUCAGCCACAUUCAUGUUAGCUAGCUAACAAAUUUCUUUUAAAGGAUAGUAAAUAAUUAGCUAAAUAAUUGUUGGGUUCGGGGAGGGAGGUAAGAAAAAGACCAGUUUUCCCAAUUUACUACCAUCUGGCUGUCUGGUGUGAAAAGUGCUCUUAAAUCAACUGUAUUUGAUGGAAUGUGAGUGUCAUUUGAUGCAAAAAAGUGAAACGAUAAAUGUUGACAAAAAUACGUGUAGAUUGAUGGAAAUUAAUUAAUAAUUGAUUGUACACAUUUAUUUUUGUCAACAUAUAUCUGUUUCAUUUUGCCAGGUUUAAUCCUCCAUAACACCUUUUGCCUCGAGACAAUCUUAAUAAGUUACUUAAUAAUGAUUUGGGUCGGAAAUAGAUCCAUGCCUCUUAAUUACUAGCAAUUUGGAAACGAUAUCCAUUAAUAUCUUCUUUUAUGUCCCCUGGUGUCUUCAGGAAAAGUACACUUAGUUUAAUUACUUAAUAAGUGCUUCUAAUCACAAUGGUUUGUGUCACUCAGUUUAAAGAAAUGCGUACUGUUUCAAGUGUCUUGAACGAAUGGUAGAAAGGCAUCCUUGGACCAAACCAGCACAAUGUCUUUCAGUAAACUGGUGAAGACAUGCAGGGGGAAAUAGUUUAAUUUAGUUUAUUCAAAGAGCUCAAAUAAAAUCUUAUGCAUUUAAAUAAUCUGACUGGCAUAGUAUUGGCAUAGCAUUUAAAGCCAGUGAAAUUGAGAGAUUGCUUUAUUUAUCUGUAUUUAUUUUAAACUCUUUUUUAGUUUUUUUAUAUUUUCCAAAUGAUGAAAAUCAGCUGCUGAAUGUUAUUUUUAAAAAAAACCUAAUGUAGAAAACACAAAACGGACUUCAACUGCAGAUAAGCUAAACUACAGUUACCUCUCUGGAUUCAGUUACCUCACACACAUAUCAAUACGCAAUACAGCUCUGCUACAAGCAGAUUGGUGCAUGCACUCUGCAGAACUGUAGGUGAACUUCUCUUUUUUUGUAUGUUUUGACUGUUUUAUCUCUUGACUGCUUUGGAAAAAAGGCAGCCAUGUUUUAUAUAUCGUUCAGCUUGGGCUGCAUGUCAGGACUCUUUUUCAGUCAUAGCUGGGGGGGGGUGUAUUUCACAUCUGAAUCUUGGGAGAUGGGAAUCGGUGGAGUAAGGGAUGUGGGAAAUGCGAGUGAACGACAAAGAAAUCAUGACGUGAUUAUACAUGGAUGAUCAUCUUAAUGAAUACUCUGUGGAAAGACAGGAGGAUAUUGAUUGGGGAAUGUAGAAAUUCCGUGUGGAGGACCAUGUGCAGAGAAGCCAGAAAUCCCUUCCUCAGAAAAGAGGUCCUUUGCCUCAGGCACAUGACCGAAGUUGACGGUUUCGAAAUUGCCACGAAUAGCUGUUUUAUUUGAACGAUUGACGGGAUUGGUGCAUACAGGAGUCCUGAGAUGCAUCAGUACAACUGAGGCGUAGUUGACAACCAGAACAACGGUCCACUUCCUCUUCGAACACCUGCAAGCCAAAAUGACAACAUUGAGCACUAAUAAAAAGAUGUUUAAAACUAAAUACCAAUUUUUAAUGACUACAGAUAUAUAUUAUAUAUACAUGUAUUUAAGCAAAAUUGUAUUUAUACAGCCAUUGAUUUACGACUAAAAUGUUUAAAGGAAAUGCUAUAGCAGCAAAAUGAUCUGGCUGUUAUCAAUGUUUAGUCAUUUUUAAAAAUAUGAGCUGUGAAUCACUUAUGGGUGUGAAAAGAUUUUUAUUGGUUGAUUGCGAGUGUAAAAACAGCUACUGAUUUUAUAUUGUUUUAUUUUUCUUCUCGCUUAGUGACAGAUAUGGCAGGUAUCCUUUUCUUCUUUACACACCUCUGUCUACACUUCAGGUCCUCAACACUUACAACAGAUAUCAGGUAUUUUAUGUUUUUUUAUGCUUGUUUAUAUUUAAAGUUUAAUAUAGACUGGGUUUUAGGGUUGUCUUUCUGUAAUCCAGGGAUAAUAUCUUAGGUUAUAUGAACUGUUUCACAAGUGCAGUUUUUGAAUAUAUAAUUUUUAGUUCCUUUCAAAAAGUGCAAAAAUAUGCUAACACGGUGGUAGCUAAUGACUAAGAUAAUAAACAUUGUACAUCUUAAGUUUAUGGUAGCAACAAGACAAUGACAGUUGCUGCAAUAGAUGGGCCAGAUGGUUCAUUAUUAUACAUCAGAAAGGCAUCGGCGACAGGGCUACUCACAGCUGUUGGCGAACUUCCAAAACACUCCCGAAGUAAGGUUAAAUCUUCGUUUCUUAAAUCUUCCUUUUUUUGUUUAAUGUUCAAAAUAAUAUUGGAGUGUAGCGUAUGAUUUCUAAAUAUGUAAUCUUUACUGGUCUUAUGUGUUUCUUUUAUGGGUUUCAGGCUUUCUGGUGUAGAAUGUGUGAAAGAAGUCUGAUUAUUGUUAAAAAUUGAAAGCACUCUGAUUCGAACCGUGAACGAUUUUCUAAUUAUGACGAUCGUGUGGAUAAAAAAACAAAAACAUUUUGUUUACAGCCUGAAGAUAAUGUAAGUUCCCUGAUACUGAAACCACUUCUGUGCAGGACCUUGGUUUGGUUUGUGCACAGCCGUUGGUUGAAGUGUUUGUUUAUGUAAUAACAGAAAUAUCGUGCGAUUUGCCCACUUACUGUAUGCAACACAUUAGAAAGUGUAAUGAGAGGCAGAGAAGCUCUCUGCCCUUUGGGUAAUGGAGUUAACUUGCCCAACUCUGGAGGAAGCACUACCAUUCUGCACUCUGUCUCUGUGCAAUUUUAAAAAGUCUCAAAUCCAUUAAAUCUUUAUUUUAAAGCUUUAAUAGUUGAACAACCAGAAAAUAAAUUGUAUAUUUAUAGUGUAAAUAUGAAUAUCUGAACAUGUUUCAUGUAUGGAUGUAAACCUAAAGAUGUAUUGUUUAACAUCAUUGACAUGAACAAGCUUUCUCACACAAAUUCACCAUUACAUAGCAGUAGUUUCAUGUGUGUUUAUGUUUUUUGUUUGUUUGCCCUCAUUUACCUCUGUUCUAUGUGAAUUUUGCAAUGCCAUCUUAACAAGCUAGUGAAAUGUUUUCAUUUAAGACCUGCAAUAUUGUAGUUAGUAAAUUCAGUUACUCCAGUGCAGCUAAGCUGUGAAACGUAAGCUGUUAAACACUGAUUUCUGACCCAAGAUUCGUUUCUCUAGAACAGACAUGUGCACUCGCUUUAUGUUGUGAUGGGUCAUAUCAGAGACAGGAUUGCAACACAGGAAUUUAUCACUUAGAGAAGAUUCUGACCACAUUGUUCAUUAAACACAAUUUCCUAGAACAUACUUAUUGCAACUCACAUUAUCAUAAUGCUUACAAGCCGGGCUGAGCGUACAUAAAGCCUUGUGUUAGGACUUUUGCUGUCUUAUAUAAAGUUACAAAACGACAUUUAAAGAUUCUGACAUUAGAAUUAAGUAAUUUGAGGACACAAAUAGUUGAUGCCGUGUCACCUGAAAAUAUGACUAUUCUACAACUUCCCUUUUCUGUUCAAAAAUCAAACUGAAGCAACCAACUGGUUAAUCAUUUUGUUUGGAUUGCAAGAAAAAAAUCUGCAUCACAAAAAGAAUAUGGGGAAGUUAUUAGAACUGAUAAUUAUAAAACCAUGAACUUCAGCGAAUCAGUAAUACGUUUUAAAAAGAAAUCCCUUUAAAACCUAGUUUUGUUUGGUGUUCUCAACUUACUUUUUCUGAAUUAGUGUUUUGGAAGUUUUGCUUUAGUUGUGUCCUUAGAUUGCAUGGUCCAGUUGAAAAAUAAUCAUUAUGAAUACAUUUGUAGAAUAGAGUCUGGGUUAAGCUUUGGGCCUGUGGUUGUAAGGAAUGGUUAGGUUUAUUACUUGGGGUCAUUUUUGUGGGCCAAAGCAUUUUUUUUUGUUUUGUUUUGAAGCUUUGUGUAAAAUGAUUAACUUGUAAAAUUUAUAACUUCACAAUGAACCACUACACAGCAUUCAAUAGCCAAACAGUACUCAUUUUAAAGACUCGUUCUUGUUCUGAAACAAAAUAAAGCACUUUAAGUGUUACUGUGAAGGAAACUUUAUUAUGUCUAAUUAGUAUGUGAAUGGCCCAAAGUUUGUUGGAUAUUGCAAGACCCAUGCAUUUCUAAUAUGAAAUAAAAUGCUGUUUUCAUAAAUUAAA